AUACCAGGUUAAUUCAUUUAGGAGUCGUUUGAUAGCCCAUGGAGGAUAAAAAUGGCCCAGUUAAUAAUCAAGGAAUAGAGGGCCCGUAGGCCCAUAUUUGUUAUUGCUAACAACCGUUUGAUAGGCAAGAUAUAUUGCCUACUUAUUCUUUUGUCAAUUGUUUGAUACAUAUUGAAUAUAGAUUCUCAGUACCCAAAAACACAACUCAUCUCCCUCUCUUUUUUCCCUCCCUCCCUCUUUUUUUCCCUCUUUUUUUUUCGUAGGGUAGCUUAAAGGGUCUUUAUAAACAGAAUUUGGAAAGUUCUUGGGUAUUGGUGUUUGGAACUUGGAAGGGUGUUGGUACAGUCCGAUUUAUGCGGUUGCCUAAUUAUUCCCACAAUUAUUCUCAAGCUGAUUUUCAUUCAUUUGAUACCCUUGGAAGAUAAACGUACAAUGACUGAUUACCGUCGUGGCAAAGCAGUCAUGGAAUCAGUUCUCGCUGAUCAUGGAACUAGCAAUGUCCCUCGUCCCAAACAACCCAAAGGCGACAGGAGUAGGCGCAUGUGGAGCGACCGAGAGGAAGAGGUCCUACUUGUGGCCUUAAAGGAGCUUGUUGCACAUGGGUGGAAGUCCGACAACGGAUUUCGGGGUGGGUACCUUAAGCGGCUGGAGGACGCAAUGCGUAGGGAGUUCCCUACAACAGAUAUUAAGGGCACCCCCAACAUUUCAUCUAAGCUCUCUGCAUGGAAAAAAAACUACUCCACUUUGCAGACUAUACUUUCACUGAGUGGUGUCGGCUUCAAUCUCAAUGAAGACCAUAAAAUUGACUGUGAUGAUGAGCAAUGGGCUCACAUUGUGAAGGUUGAUGCUAAUGCAAAGCUUAUGCGAAACAAAUCGUGGCCAUAUUUGGAUGCAUGGAAGGAAAUUUUUGGCAAGGACAGAGCCAAUGGGGCAGCUGCUGAGGACAUACUCGAUGCAAUAAAUGACAUGUGUUCGCAAGAGAACCUCAUGGGGAUUGGUUCGAGCAACAACUAUAGUUCUACUGAAUUCUUCCCGACCAGCCAAGUCCCUGAUGCUUCAUCACCCCAUGGGGAAUCUGACAGUGUUUUCAGUACUCCGCGUGCGACUCCGCGUGAGACUCCCACUAAUAAGGUUCAAAGCAAAAAACGCAAGGUAAUGUCUGAGCUUAAUGGCAUGGUGGAGAUGCUUGCAAAAAUGCACACUGCUACUAAUGAGCGUCUUGAGCUCUUAGCAUCUCGUAUUGGAUACGAAUUCGAUCUCACUAAGGCACGGAAGGAAGUGUUUGAUCUUGUUGGUGUUAUACCAGGGCUGACAAUUAGGCAACAAUUCAUGGCAUGUGGGUUCAUACUACACAAAGUGGAGCGUCUGGACUUCUUUAUGUCUCUGCCUGCUGCUGCAAAACAGGAGUAUGUGAUGAUGGCUUUGGAGGAUAACCCACCGAACUGAAUGUUGGAAUGUUGAACUACUUAGCAACUUUAUCUAUUUUGACAAAAGGGCUGCCUGUAUGGCUUUAGAUCCUUCUUCGUGGAUUAGAAACGUUAUCUAUUUUGACAAAAGGGCUGCCUGGAUGGCUUUAGAUCCCUCUUCAUGGAAGUUUAGCUCUUUUAAGCAUGUUGAGAAGGGUAUGGUGGUUUUUGUAGAUAAGGGUAUGGUGGUUUUUGUAAAAUGCUAUGUAAAUAUUAUGGUAUAUAUAGCAUCUAUGCUUUUGUGUA